AUGUCUUCCGUCAUUCUGAGGCCGAUCUCUGGAGGAGGAAUGCGACUUCAUAAGAGUGCGACCUCAUUGAUGAAAGGGAUGCUUGGCACCUUCUUUGCCGUAUAUUGUAUGGUACAAUUUGUGCGUAAAGAUGAAGUUCUCAAAGAUUUAUCACCAAUAAAGCCGUCGGGUACACGGAUAAUUGAAAACUCUAAGAGAAGGAUAGAAAAUGAAAUCAAGGACAAAGAAGGGAUCAUGUUCACUCCACUGAGAGAACCUCAUUUUAUUGCCGAGGAAGUAUUGACAAGAAGUGAUAUUAAACUUGAGGAACGCAUGACAUCACACUCUAGUCGGCAUGCUUCUCCCAAAAUUAUUCUUUCCUGGAAUGCCGGACAUACUCAGGGUAAUCUGGGAGGAUGCCCAGACUGGAACUGUAAGCUAACACACGAUAGAGGAAAACUCAAGAAAGCUGAUGCAAUUCUUCUAGCUCAUAGUGAACCUUUUUUAAAUCGCACUACGGACCAAUACGUAGUGUACUUCAGCCAGGAAUCCCCAGUGAAUUCUAGGAUUGAAGUACCAUACAGGGACUUCUUUAACAUGUCAUUGGGUUUUCGUCAUGACACACCAGCAUCCUCACCCUACGGUUACACUGUGAAGUUGAAGGGAAAUUCGAGAUAUUUCGCAGAGGUCAUAAAUGCAACACGGGUUCAGAAAAAGAAGAAAGGCGCUGCUUGGUUUGUUUCACACUGCCCCACAAACAGUAAAAGAGAACGCUACGUGAAGCAAUUGCAAAAAGACUUUCCUGUGGAUGUGUAUGGAGAUUGUGGAACUCUGAAAUGCGCUCGAGGAGGAGAAUGCGAGAAUAUGUUAGAUGAUAGCUACCACUUCUACAUUGCUUUCGAAAAUUCGAUUUGCGACGAUUACAUCACUGAAAAGCUCUGGAAUCAAGGCUAUCGACGAGAUAUUAUUCCUAUUGUGUUGAAGAGAUCGCUGGUGGAGCAACUUGUCCCUCCGAAUUCUUUCAUAGCAGCCGACGACUUCAAUACUACCAAAGAUCUCGCUGCGCAUCUUCACUACCUCAUGUUCAACAAAUCAGCAUACACGGAAUAUUUUCAAUGGAGACGUGAGUACAAAGUUGUGUUUCUUGAUGGGAAGAAUCAUGAUGCACUGGAGCGGCCGUGGGGUUUUUGUCAGCUAUGUCGUCUUCUAUGGGAGAAACCGAGGCCUCAUUUUUCCAUACAAGAUUUCAACAAGUGGUGGGACCAAACAUGUGAGAAGGACGGCGAAUUAGUGCGUCGACUGUUGGGCGAACUACCGAUGAAUAAUUAA